AUGCAUCGAUAUGAUAUUCAUUUUGAUCAAUUACCAAUUGAACGUAAUCCGGAGCAAAUUUGGUUAUAUUGGCAAGAUGAACCCGGUGGUGUUCAAAAUCAAACUAAUUCUUAUCAUUUCAAUUGGACUAUAUCAUAUCGUUUUAAUGCUGAAGUUAAUAUAGGUGCUUAUGGUUUAACUAUUCUUCGUCAUAAACCAUUAUCUUUUAAAGACUUUAAUGCUUAUAUAAAUCAACAAUUCAAUAAUCGAAAAUCAAAUGCCUUAUGGUUUGUUAGUAAUUGUAAACCAAAAGCUCGUCUGAAUUAUUAUGAUGAACUUCAUUUAUAUUAUCCAUCAAUAAAAGUUUAUGGACACUGUGUUUUACAAAAUAAAACAAACCAUUGUCAUCGUCAUUCGCAUUGUGAAUCUUCUGAACUUUCAAAACAUAAAUUUUAUUUAGCAUUUGAAUCACAAUCAUGUCGAGAUUACAUAACAGAAAAAUUUUGGCGUUCACUGGCUUAUGGUACGAUUCCGAUUGUAUUUGGGCCACAUGAUAAAAAAUCCUUAGAAAAAAUAGCCCCACCUAAUUCAUUUAUUUAUACUGGGGAUUUUAUAUCGGCAUCAAAACUUGCAGAACAUUUAAAUGAAAUUGGUCGAAAUCGAACAUUAUUUAGAGAAUAUCAUCAAUGGCGUCGUUUUUAUCAAGUUCUUUAUCGACCAGAAGAUAUUGAACAUUAUCGUUUUUGUGAACUUUGCUAUCGAUUAAAUACAAAUCAGAAUAGAAUUUAUUAUCAAGAUUUAAAUACAUUUUUUCUAGAAGAAUGUUAA